AUGAUCUUCCCGGGAGCGUUCAUCUUGCAUGAGCUGAUACACUGGUCGUGGCUGCUGCAGGACCUCCCGCAAUGGCAAGAUUUCAUCGCCGUGCCGCCGGGUUCUGAUUUCCGACAGAUCCCCGACUUCAACGGUCCCAACCAUGUCACCGGAUACGGCGCAUACAAUGCGAAGCGACUGAAGGGACGAGCGCUGAGCGACCCCGCCGAUUUUGGACCCUACCCGACACUCAACAAUGCAGACAGCUACAUGUGGUACGCGCUCUCGAAGUACUGGGCUUGGAUGUGUGGCGUGGACUUGGGGCCAGUGGAGGACGAGGACGACGAUGAGCUUCGGCAUCAUGAGGGUGGGAUUCCCACGUUGCAGGCCCUCACCGCAAGGAGACGCCAGUGA